GCUUUUGUUUGCAUGACGACGCCGCACGUCGACGCGGCGCCAGGCCACGGCCACGGUGGUGACGCCAAGCGGACCAAGGUCACGUUGGUUUUGGACGCGGCGAUCGACGACAAGCUGCUUAUGACACCCAGCUUUCGCUACAAGUUUAUCGACGGCAGCAAAAAGGCGACACCGCCCGUGGGUACGUGGGCGCCGGCCAUCCCGCCGCACGCGGUGGCGAGCACGACAGUAGAGGCAAGCCCAAAGCUCGCAGUCGUCGACCGGCGCAGUAGCCGCGCGCUUCCCGUCGAAGGCGGGAGCGAGCCACUCCCGGAGCUAAAGCUCCUUCGCUACGAGCACCAUGUACCGGACAUGGAAAUCACCGAGGCGAUGGCCAUCAAGCUCCACGAGAACCCGAUUGUGACGUUCUUCUUGGUCGACCACUCACCCUCGCAGGCGACUGCCGUCAGCGGCGUUGGCCGCAACUUUCUCUCGUUUUUUGAAGUCGACUUGAGUCCACUUCUUGGCGGCGACACAACCGUCGAGUGCGCGUGGGGUGAGCUGCCCAAGGAGAGCUCCUUGUCGCCGUGCGUGCCGUUCAUUCCCGCGGCCGGCCUGCGGUCGUUCAUCGUCCGCAUCAAGACGGACCACGGGUUCCUCCCGGCGAAGCGCGCGCAGGCGCUCAACCCGCUCACCCUCCACUUGCGCAAGGCGACGCACCUUCCUGGCAUCACCGUCAGCGCCAAACCGCUGUACCAGUACAUCACGCCGACGCCGUUUACAGCACUCACAAAGUGCUGCGCUCCGGCGUACGCGUCGAUGCGCUUCCUCAACCACCGUCUCGUCCGGACACCCGGUUUACUCCAGGGCAAAUCGGUCGCGUGGCAGUUCAAAACGACCUUUCUCUGUGGCCACUUUGAGUGGCUAGCGCUGCAAGAGAGCUUUGCCGCGGGGCACGUGCUCGUCGAGGUGCACGACCGAGACGUGCGCCUCGAGAAGGCCUACGAGGCGCUCGUGCACAAGUGGGAGGGCCUCGUUGCCGGCAAGCAAGUCGGCGACGAGCAUGCGCGUCCGCUCGACAUCUUUGCUGUCGACGACAUCGCCAAGGCAGACAUCCAAACGCUCUUCUUCCAGCAGGCGGGCGACCGCAACGCGCAUGGUGUCGCGACCUUUCGCUUCUACGAGCUGCUCAACACAACGCAUUUACGACCCAACCACGAAGGACCCUUUCUGCAGCUCAAAUUUGCCGCCGACAUUGUGCAGCACAAGCGACGGCAGCCGCCCAAAGAAGGCACCGACGACGCCGAAGACGACUUGUCUCAGGUCGAGAAACUCGUGCGCGUGCCGGGCGCAUACCUGAGCCACAACUCGACGAUGCACCUCGGUGCGACGUUGGGCUUCCCGCUGAUCAAGCCGACGCGGCGUCCGUCCUUGCAGGCGCCGGCCGACCGCAGCCUCUUUAGCCGCCUCGUGCUCGUGGUGCCCUACGACGACACGGAGUCUGUCCAGGCCGUGUCGCGGGCGAUGGAAAAGGUCAAUGGCGCGGCGCUGCCCGGUGCACCCCUUCGGUCCUACCAGCUCACACCGAUGCAAAAGCAGGCGGCCGACGCCGGCGACCUCAACAUCCUCACGGGCUUCCAAGUGCUGGACACGGAUCUGCGCAUGAUCGUACUCGAAGGGCUCGCGGAGGCGGGCAUGGCUGUGGCCCACGCCAGCAUUCCCCGCAGAGGACCCAACGUCCAAGGCGGGUACCACAUGUUUGCCAACCACGACGUGCGCUUCUCCCAGCGCCUCUACUCGGCGUUCGACGUGGAUCUCAAGCGCAUCAAGCUGCGGGACCCGCUGCCCGACAUCAUCAAGCGGCCCGAGCUGUACAUGCGCUCCAAAGUGUCAGAAAACUGCUUCCAAGCGCUGAACCGUCUCCAAAACGUUCGCAAGGCGAGCCGCCUCGCGGAGCUGCGCGACUUGGACUUGUUUCCGCUCGUGUCGAUGCUACUGGAAGUUGAAAGCAAGUACGGCGAAAGCAUUACGCUCGAAGACAUUCAUGGUGUCGACAAUGGCCACGUCGCUGUUCCCCGACGCAUGACGUUGGACUGUCUUGACAAAGACGUGGUCCAAGCCGCGCUAAGUUCUUUAUCGGCGACCAAGCACCACUCCCCACACAGCUCACUGCGCCUCAAGGCCGCGACAGACGCGAGCAACCCCGCGUACGACCAAGCCAAGCGCGAGUGGCAGCCGAGAGAUUACGUCGAUGAGCGCCGGCGCGAAAAAGCCGUGGCGGACGAGGCGUUUGCGGCCGCAAAGGCCAACGAGCCGCCGCGCGACGAUGCGCCCGUGUAUAUUUACAGCGGACAGAAGCUUCGGACCCAAGACUUGGAGAAGGAUGCGAUGCGCGCCCGGCUCGCCAAGGACCGGCACGCGACCUUUACGGACAGCGAAGAGUUCAACUCACUCACGUGGAGUCUCGUGGACGAAAACAGGCUCGCGCAAAUCGCCGAAAGCACCAGCAAAGCGUUGUACACGACGCCAUCCGGCUUUGUGUACCCGCCGCCGCGCCAGCCCAGCGAGUUUUACAAGCACGAGAAGGCGCCGAGCGCCGCGCGCUGCGAAGAGCUCUCGGCGCCGUGGAUCGAGAAUCUGUACCACCCCCAGCCCGUCGAGCGCGACACCGUCGAUGUCGGCGCGAAAGCGGCCUUCGACAGUCUUCCCUCCAAAGACAUGAUCUUUGGCGGUACGAAUGCAGACGGCACACCGAACGUCGAGUACUUCAAGUCCGUGCACCUCGUCGGCGACGGACUCGCCAAGGAGAUGGAAGACGCCAAGGCCAAGGAGCACCAAGAGUGGCUCGAUAAGCUCGUUGUUGACCACGACAAUCUGCGGUUCAUUGCGCAUGGCGACAUCAUGGGUCAAGGGCGCACCAAGCCGUCGCCCUUGGACAAGCCGCGCGACAUCCUGGAUGGCCCGCCGCUUUCGAAACCCAUUCGCAUCGUACGCAACGCCAAGCUCCCGAGCGGCAAAGCUGUGCGCCUCACGGCCGCGCCCGUCUCAAUCCUCUGCGGCGAAGCGUACUCGGGUGGCGCCAAGGCCCAGCUCUUGCGGACGUACGACCCAACCGGGUUUGUCGCGCAGGACGACGACGGGCGCCCAAAAGACUUUUUGUUCCCGUCCGUCACCGAGAUCCUCGUUCCGCGCGUGAACCGCCAUACGACCGUGCUCAAGCCGAGACGAGAGCUCACGUCCGCCGAGCGCACGGGUCUCAUUUGGAAGAACAUGGUCGGGACCAACCAAGAGUCGUCGUGA